GUUCAUUAACUUUCAUAAUACAUUAUUUAGGUUUUUAUUUCGAACCAUUUUCAAGGUGACAAUUAGCUGGCCAAAACUUGACAUUCCUUUUACAUAACAGUAUUUCUUUCUUUUAAUAGAAAUCACAUUGGAAACUGCAAACGCAACCGCAGUCCCGUUCUCUCUCUCUCUGGACGUUGGAAGGUAGAGAGAGAAGACUAAGAGUUUCCGAAAGCUGAAUUGAGUUGAGGUGAAGCAAUUCUCAGUGAAGGAUGGGAAGAGGAAAAAUAGAGAUCAAGAGGAUCGAGAACUCCACAAAUCGACAAGUAACAUUCUGCAAAAGAAGAAAUGGACUUCUGAAGAAAGCUUAUGAGCUUGCAGUCCUCUGCGAUGCAGAGGUUGCCCUCAUAGUCUUCUCAACUCGUGGCCGUCUCUAUGAGUACGGGAAUAACAACAUAAGAGCCACCAUUGAGAGGUACAAGAAAGCUUCGUCUGAUAACGCCAACACUCACUCUGUCCAAGAAAUCAAUGCCGCGUACUAUCAACAAGAAUCUGCUAAGCUGAGACAACAGAUCCAAACGAUUCAAAAUUCCAACAGGAAUCUGAUGGGAGACUCUUUGAGUGCCUUAAAUGUCAAGGAACUAAAACAGGUUGAGAAUCGCCUUGAGAAAGCCAUCUCCAGGAUCAGGUCCAAGAAGCAUGAGUUGCUUCUAGCUGAAAUUGAGAACCUGCAUAAAAGGGAGAUUAAGCUCGAUAAUGAGAGUAUCUAUCUCCGAACCAAGAUAGCAGAAGUGGAGAGGUUUCAACAACACCAUCAUCAAAUGGUUAGUGGUACGGAGAUGACUGCGAUCGAGGCCUUAGCCUCUCGCAAUUACUUUGCUCAUAACAUUAUGACUAUUGGUUCUGGAUCUGGAGCUGGCCAUGGAUGUUCUUACUUUGAUCCCGACAAGAAAACUCAUCUUGGAUAAUAUCUUGGCGAAAAAACCGAGCUGCAGCAAUAAUGGAUUAUAAUGCUUUGAGUUCUGAAAAUCCUCUGCUCAGAUAUAUCUCUACAUAAAAUAUGUUUGGUAAUAUAAUUAUAACUCAAAAAGUACAAUGAAGGUAAUAGUCUGGUAUCUGAUUGAUGAUUUAUCUGAAAUUGUAGAACAUAGCUAUACA